GUGCACUCAUGUUCAUUUUGACUUGGUGGAUCUUGUCCUACCAAAACGCUGUAUCUGAUUGAAAGAACCUCCCAACGCGUAAUUCCCUGAGUCUGAGGCACACUUCGAGCGGCCAACUCUCCCGCCAAUCCAGCGUUCAUUAUACACAAUUGUCGCUAUUUCCCUGCCGAGUACACAGUAGAACCUCAUCGCGGACAUUGGUCCCGUGAACUAUGUCGAAACCUGCUCAGUCACCCCCACCGUCGCACAGCCCCCCUCGCGAGAACAAGAAUAAGCCACCGCGAGAUCAAUUCCACCAUUUCAUCCCUCGCUUCAUCCUGCGUAGGUAUCAAGUUGGACCCGUCCUGUCGAAAGCCGAACGCAACAAGGCCUAUCGUCGAACAGGAGUCGACCCCGAAUACGUGUUGUACUACGAUGUCGAGAAGCAAACGCUCGACACGCGCCCCAUAGGCAAGAUCUUCGGCACGCAAAACAUGUACCGCGACGCGAGGAAUAGCUUUAACGUCAACCACCUGGAGGAGAAGCUUGGUCAGCUCGAGAAAAGGGCCGCGAAGAUCAUCAGAGGCAUCCACGAAUCCAUCCCGUGGGGCAAGUUCACGCUCACUCGUCCCGACCUCGAAGCCCUGCGGAAGUUCUUAUUCCUCAUGCACUACCGCCGUCGCACGAUGUGGGUCUCGCUGUUCGACAUGAACCUUCCCGGGAACGAGGAAGGUCGAGACCGCCUCGAAGAAUACGGGAAGGCGAAGGGUCUGCACACUCCAGCCGACAUCUGGCUUCACUUCCUCCAGUACUUCCUGGAGACGCCCCACGAGCAGAUUAACAGGGAUGGCGUGGCGUGGAUGAAGGACAACAAGAAGCUGACCUCGAUGUCCGAGACGGAGAUGAUCAACUACCUCGGCGGGCGGAACUUCGAGGCCAUCUUGUACCAGAUGCAGGCGCAAGCGUACUUUCCCGGUGUCUGGGAGGCCGCCGAAGGCGAAGAGUUCGUCCUCACGCCGAGCGCCUUCGGCAUGACGGAGGGCUUCCAUGUGGAGGCGCGCGAGAUGUUCAUGCACCGGCUAUUCAUCCUCAGCCCGCGCCUGGCGAUUGUACUCCGUAACUCUGCCCUCCGUCCAGAGUACUGCACCCCGGAACUCCGCAAGAAGGUUGCGAGCGUGCUCGCGGAUUACCCGCUCGAGUUUUCCGAACCGACGUACGCGAAUGGGCGCAACGGGAUACCUUGGGAUCGGAAUGCAUCGCCUGGAGAGCUCGCGCAGCAGCUGCAGGAGUACCGUCUAUCGGAGCAGGCGCAGAAGGACACGUUCACCUUCAAGAUCUUCAAACUCACCUCGGAGCAGACGCUGAAUCUGAACAAGGCCGUCCUGCUCUGCACUGCUCCCACAGGCGGUGUCACUUUUUUGAACAAGAGCUUCAUGGUGCGCACGCUGCGCUACUACUUACGGAAUGUCAUGGACUUCGAGGAUAUGAAGAAGCGGCCGAGCUAUGAAGCGCUGCUCUCCCAGCUCCUCUAUCCGCCGAAGCCUUCUGGCCCUUCGCCUGUAUUGGUGAAUGAUCUCAACGAGGACGUGUUCGCGUUUAUCAUGUCACUCGUACUACAAUCUUCGCAAACGCCACCUCGCGCUUCGCUCUACGAUUGUGCAUCGACAUUUGUUGGACGACUACCCCAUCUGUUCGCGAUCGGCUCAGACACACAGUUUUUGCAGGACCACCGUCGCGCUGUCCACUCAGUUCUAGCGCACCUCUACCGCGAACCCAAGAUCAAGGCGGCAGAUGACGCCGUCCUCUGCCCAGGUAGCCUCGAUCCUGCCGCGUCCUCACGAUUACUAGAUGCUGCACGCCCGCUCCUACGAGCGGCAGGUGCCGGGUGCAUAUCCUCCGUACACAGCACCGCCCUCGAGCGCCUUCUCAACGCCACAGUCGUCGCCCACAUCAUCCAAUCCGCAGCGCAAAACGCGCGCCUCCGCACCGCCCUCCGCUCCGAGUGCCCCGCCCUCGCCGCCUUCCUCCUCGAGAUCCCCGCCCCACCCCCGCCCAACAAGCCCCACAUCCCCCUCGACCUCGGCAUCCGCGAGGACUGGCCCGGCACCGCCAACGAGGCCAUGAACCUGCUCACCAUCCAGGCACUGAAAGGGAACAUGCGCAUCCAGUCGCGCUGGGAGAUGGGCCGGACCUUGCACGCCUACUUCUCCGUCGCCCUGAGCGCGGCCCCGGGCGAGAUCAAGAAUCCCAACCUGCUCGCGACGCAGUACCAGCAGGCGAUGGAGGGCAUCAUCGCGAAUGCGCACAUCCAGCUGCACCCGAUGGCGAAGACGUACCGCCCGCGGCGGAACGUGCAGCUGAAGCGGCCGGGGUCGUGGAAGGAUAUCAAGGACGCGGAGAAGUUGAUCACCGGGGCGAUGAUGGCGCUGGGGAUCCUUGGGUACAAGUGCCCGCUGCCGACGGGGGAGGACUGGCAGUGUGACCUGCUAAACACGAUGGUGGCGCACGCGAUUGCGUUUGGCUAUCUUGAGUGGUGUGUGAGGAAUAGGCAGGAUAUGUUGGAUCUGUUGGUGCAGGACAUCUUUGAGGACGAGGGCUACGAUAUCUCGUUCGUCCUAGAAGAGAAGGAUGCUAUCUGA